UUUUUUCUUUCAAAUAUGUCCUUACGUCAAUUUUUUUUUAAUUUGAAAUUAUCCAAUCACGUUUUAACACGUGUGCACUAGUAUCAAAAUAGCGUAAAAAAUUAGUAUAAAAAUAUCAUUUUCCUAAAAGAAAACGUAAUAAAAAAAGAGCGGGGAAAAGAUGACAAAGGGGGGAGAGGCGUUUUGGUUUUGGCAUCAUCAGAAUCCUGAAGGAAAAAUGCUUAACUCCCUUCACCUUGGUGGAUCCAGGGACGAUUGUACACAUUCACCAUAACUCUCUUGUACCUGCACAAAAAAAGAAAAUUGAAUCUAAGAGAACAGAGGAGACUAGAACAAAAGGAAACGCCCUUUUUCUUGAAGCUCCAGAGGUGUCCAUGGCUACAGAUUCAAGGAAACGCACAUUGGAGGCUUUGGAGAGAAGAAUAGCUUUCGCUAAAGCUGAGGUUCUUCAAAAGGAAAAGAAAAACAAAAAGAAUAUAAAUGAAAAUGGCAAACCACUUAUUCCUACGGAUUCUACUUCUAAAGAUCCUUCCCCGCAUUUGUUGCAUUCAUCAUCAGUCACACCCAAGAAAGGAAAUUUCAGCUUUUCCGGUCAUACCAAUUCACAAGAAAUUGAAGAUGGUCCCGUAUACGCCCAACUUUCUGUGCCUGUAAAUGCCAAUCUGCUCCCAAAUAGUGAGUUUUCCACUGAAAGAAGAGGUUCGAUUGAUGGCAUAUUGCAUGAGCUUCUUCAGAAGGGAGAUGCUGCACAAAAGUACAUGCAAGGAUCUAGAAACAUGAAAAUUGACAACUGGAUCCUUCUUGAUAAUUUUGUACAAGGACGGGUGCUUUCCUCUGGUUCUCAAACCAGAGCUUUGCAAAUCCAUUCAAAACGCUCUAAGAAACACAUGUCUAUGAGACAGCAUAAAAAGUGUGGAUCAUUAUAUCUUCCUCAAGAGCUCCAAAAAUUCGAUAUUUUCAAGCCAAUGCAUGAAAUGUGGAAGGAUUACGUAAUGCUGCUUCUUAAAUCAACGGGGAAGAAUCAACUGACUCAAUGUCUCCUAGGUGCCGAUCUACAUGGUGCUUUCAUUUUAGUUGUGGAGUGUAAAAUAACUUAUUUUACUGGAAUUCACGGCAUCAUGAUUCGUGAAACUGCAGAAGCUUUUGGGAUAAUUACUGAAGAUGAUAAAUUUCGAGUUGUUCCCAAAAAGGGUUCUGUAUUUUAUUCCAAGUUGAUUGCUGGAAAGUCACUCUGCAUGGAGAUAAACUUGGUUCAAGAAAGGUCGGAUUGUGAUAUUGGUGAUGAUCCUUCUACUCUAGGUCACAACAUGUUUGCCUUUUUCUAUCAGUUUUUGAUGAUGAAUAUCCGUAAACCCCUGUGCAUUUUGAAAGUCUUGAGCUAUGGAAUGCUGAUUGGAUUGUGGCAGUGGAGAAGUUGGAGAUUGCAAAAGGGUUAGUUGCUGGAAAGAAGGUGAAUGACUGUGACUUUGACUUAUUAGUGUUCACUUGCUAGUCUUUUUAUGCUAGUUACAAGGUUGCUGGUUUUUGUCUGCGAUUGGACUCUCCAUUUCUUUCUUAAUUACAAAGUAGAGAGGAAUUCUGAAGAGGAAGAAAUAUGUUCAGCCGUCACUGAACAAAAAUUAAUUAAAUUAUAUUGAAUUGUACGAACUAGAACAUUCUUUUGUGAAUUUAUAUUAAAUGGAUCCAAUGCUAAAAGAAACUGAAAUUGUAAUUUA